CACAUCUCGUCACCUUCUGGUGUCAGAGUUCUCGCUGGUUCGCUAUUUCUACAUUUCUCACCAGCAUAUUGACUAUCUUGGGCCGGGGCUUGCGUGGCUGUGUAGUCUUAGAUCCGGGGGUUGUUUGCCGAGAUCAGAAUGAAAUCUUGGGCGGUUAUAGCUGUUGAUGUUUUAUAGCUGGCAGGGGGUGCUGCGCCUUGUUUCCUCUCCUCGGCACUGCUUUUGUUCCCCCUCCACCGCUCCUUUCUUUGUAAACGUUACACCGGGUCUCUCCUUUCCUACUUAUGCCUCAACUCGACAACCCACGCAAGCGCACCUUUUCGUUCUCUGACCCCGUCCUGCCUCGCAAGUCAUCCCGCAUGUCCCUCCGUCGCACAGAGUCAUUCCUAUCGCUCUCGGACAGCUCCGAUGACGAAUCGGCCUCCUUUUUGCACCUCUCCUCAACGUCGCCGACCAUCUCCCCUUACCCGCGCGCCGUUGUAUACUCCAAAGAGCAUCAUAAACCUGGUCCCAGAACCAGGGCCGAAUUCACUAUUGGCUCAUCGCAGCCCAAUGCCACCCAGGCCAAAUUGCCCCGGAAGCGUUUCGCGCAACCCGGAGGGCAGCGCCCCGCUUCCCCGGCCGCUCCUAAGAACAUCGGCUUGCGCACCACCUCCCCCUUAGCCCCUGCUCGCAAGCUCCUUCCCCCCAGAGCCUCAUUCCCGCGUUCGAAGCCAGAACCAGACCUCUAUCGCUUCGCAAUAAAGACCCGAAUGGCCCACUCUCCUGAAGGCGAAAAGAUCCUUCGCAUGGGACCCAGGCUGGCAGUGGCUAUGUUGACCGCGACGAGGGAGCUUGAGCGCAUUGUAUCUGCCGCUGCGGAUGACGACGAUUCUAUUAUGGAUGAUGACCCACUCCUAAUGCCACCCGUAGGCGGGCGGCAUUGGCGGGUUGUUUCGCAUGGACAAGAGGUGCAAUGCGGGGCGUGACGCGCUGACGUAUGUAACAUUACCCCGAACCUUAUUCCACCUUCCACCGACUCGACCCUGAUUUCCAUCCUCCCUCCCUCUACCCGUGACGACGUCUAACGUCAGUGACGUGACACGACGCCUGACGACGGAACGGAAGUGCAUGAACAUGUAUUUAUCCCGCA